CGUAAACACAGUACCGAUUUAAAUUAAUUACGAAAGAAGGUGUGGAAUCUAGUCGACUAAUCCGACCGGUUCGUUCGUUUCCCAGUCUACAGUGGAACAUUUCGAUUAUAUGACAGACCAGAGAACAGAUUUCCUCUCACGAUCAGUGAUAGAACACCGUUUGAUCAAGGAUUAUCGUUCACCGAUCUUUCGAUCUCUUCUGGAUAAGAAAACCUCGACGACUGAAAUUCAUUCAACAUUGCUGGUUCGUUUUAACGACUCGUGAACGUUCGACGACGUGGUGAAUUUUGAAGUGUUGUUAAGAGAUACGAAGGAGGGAAUUUUGUUCGGAGGUUUCGAAAUUUCCAAAUUGGAGAUGUCGACGCCGGUAUAUCGCGACCAAUGGAACGUUCAGGCGUCAGAUAUCGCGAGAAGAACACACAACCCCAUAAGAUCCAUCGUGGAAUGUCUCGUGGUCGAGCCUAAUCCUGCUAAGUCCAUGAUCUCGUUAUCCAUCGGUGAUCCAACUACUUUUGGAAAUUUAAAACCACCUAAAGAAGUAAUCGAUGCUGUUCAACAGAGUCUCGUCUCUCAAUUGUAUAAUGGAUACGCACCUAGUACAGGUUACCAAAGCGCAAGGGAAGCUGUAGCGGAAUAUAGUUCCAGCGAAUUCGUAAAAGUGGAUGCUAAGGAUGUAAUUUUAUGCAGCGGAUGCUCCUGCGCUCUCGACCUCUGUAUAACAGCGUUAGCACGAAGGGGGCAAAAUAUUCUGAUACCGCGACCCGGUUUCUCGAUCUAUCGAACACUUGCAGAAGGUCUUGGUAUCAACGUAAAAUCCUAUGAGUUACGCCCUGAACUCGGCUGGGAGAUCGAUCUGGACAACUUGGAAUCACAGAUCGACGAAUUCACCGCGGCGAUCAUUAUAAACAAUCCUUCGAACCCGUGCGGUUCCGUAUUUAGCAAGGAUCACACACUCGACAUUCUCGACGUGGCCGCUCGUUACUACAUACCAAUUAUUGCCGAUGAAAUUUACGAGCAUAUGGUGUUCCCAGGACGAACUUUCCAUUCGUUGGCAUCUUUGUCGAAGGAAGUUCCUAUUUUGUCAUGUAGCGGCCUGACGAAGAGAUUUUUAGUGCCCGGCUGGCGUAUGGGCUGGAUAAUCAUUCACGAUCGUCAAAACGUGCUGGAGAAGGAGAUAAGGAAAGCGCUUCAUUGUCUAAGUCAAAGAAUUAUCGGCAGCAACACGCUCAUUCAAGGUGCUUUGCCUACUAUUCUGAAGAACACGCCACAGGAAUUUUACGAUGGCGUCGUUAAAAUGUUGCAUGAUCACUCGAAAACCGCGUACAACUAUGUAACGAAGAUCUCAGGGUUGAAACCAAUAAUGCCCGACGGAGCAAUGUACAUGAUGGUUUACAUAGAUCUACCUUGUUUUCCGGAAUUUAAUUCCGACCUCGAAUUCGUGCAACGAUUGCUAAUGGAGGAGUCUGUGUUUUGCCUUCCUGGCCAGUGCUUCGAUUAUCCGUCGUACAUGAGGCUGGUCAUCACGGUGCCCAUAGAUAUGUUGGAGGAGGCCUGUCAGAGAAUACAGGAAUUCUGCGAGAGGCAUCACUACAAAACAGCUGAAGAUACGCAAAGAAGCAACUUAAUUGCCGCGGAAGUUCCGUAUUGAAGAGUAAACGUGAUUUAGUUAA